GGCGUGUAAUGGUCGUUCGACAGUGCGUGGAGCGCCCACUUUUGCUUUCCACCGGCCGUCGCAACUCGCAUCAUGGUCCGUAUCCUCGCCGCCGCUGCCAUGGCCGCUACCGUCGCCGCCCAGACGACGCCCGCGCCGACGCCGUCGGUGUCCAACCCCGCGUGGACGAUGAAGGCGAUCACGUCGAUCCAGGCGCGCGUCCAGUCGGACCCGGCGACGUGGGAUGAGGCCAACCAGAAGUUUGGCCUCGUCCUCAAGAAGAACACCAACACGUUCCCGGAAAAGUACCGCGCCGCCAUGGACACGGUCAACACGGCGUCGCCCGAGGGCGCGCUCAUGUACGUGCAGACGGAAGGUAUCAACAAGCAGUUUGACGUCGGCUGCGGCCGCAAGACCAACAUGAGCUACAUCUGGUUCAUGAACGUGACCAUUGUCCAGCCGACGUGGGCGAUCGCCGAGACGCAGGACGACAACUCGGUCGUGCCCGAGUACGGUCACUUUGUCGCGAUGGACAACGGCUACUGCACGCCCAAGGACGCCAAGGGGACGCUCUCGCCGUACUGCCUCAACUUUGGCGGCCUCCAGAACACGGCCAACAUUGGCCCGUACAUUGGCGGUGAGACGCGCGGUACGCACGACUAUGGCAGCUACCCGGACAACGUCUGGUUCUCGUUCCCCAACUCGUGCUACACCAAGACCUUCGACCAAAAGGACGACACGUGCCGCAAGGCGCAGAAGGGCGGUCUCUGCCCCAUUGGCACGCAGCCCGAUGGUGUCACGUGCACGUACUCGUACGAAGUGCUCGGUUACCUCUUCAUUGACGACCUCGUCGGCAUCACCAACAUGACGAACUCGCAGACGAACCAGCCGUACAAGAACCGCGUCGAGUUUUGCAAGGACUCCAAGACCGAGUACGACUUCCUCGCCACGGGCACGAAGAAGUCGGACUUGACGUUCUGGAACGACCCGCUCAACAUGACAGCCAACCAGGAGCGCACGCAGAAGAUGCUCGACUUCUACAACAACCUCCUCGACUCGGGCAAGGGCGACGCCAAGAACAUGAAGCCCCUCCCCAAGGCCUCGGACCUCACGAAGCUCAACCCGCCUUGCUACGUCAACAGCCCGCUCUGCGCCAAGGCGACCUUUGGCUGCCGCCGCAAGCUCAUGGCGCAGAUCUGCGAAGUGUGCAAAACGGCGGCGUCCGACUGUGUGGUCAUGCCGGCCAACGCCCCGAACGCUGUCCCGCUCACGCUCAAGAAGCAGUACACUCCGCCUGCCCCGACGGAUGCCAGUGGCAAGACCUUGGCCCCCGGCACUGGUGGCAACGGCAACGGCGGCACCUCCAGCUCUGCCGCCUCGCUCGCACUCUCGGGUGCGGCCCUUGUCGGUGCGGUCGCGAUGAUGAUGUAAACAACUAAACUUUGAUAAUACGUAUUCGUCUUGACCCAAACUGC